GGAAAGCCAUGCCGUGCGUCAUUUUCCAAAAUGGCAGCUCUGAAUACACCAACAUCAACCAAUGAUGAAAAUUAUGAAGUAGUACGGGGACAAGUCUUUGAAGUCGGCCCAACUUACACUAAGUUAUCAUAUAUUGGAGAAGGUGCAUAUGGCAUGGUAGUAUCUGCUUACGAUAAUGACACUAAAACCAAAGUUGCUAUCAAAAAGAUAUCACCGUUUGAACACCAAACAUACUGCCAAAGAACAUUACGGGAAAUAAAAAUCUUAACCAGAUUCAAGCAUGAAAAUAUUAUAGAUAUUCGUGAUAUAUUAAGAGCUAAAUCAGUUGACAGAAUGAAAGAUGUCUAUAUUGUCCAGUGUCUGAUGGAGACAGAUAUGUAUAAAUUAUUAAAAACACAACAGCUCAGUAAUGACCAUGUGUGUUACUUUCUAUACCAGAUUUUACGUGGCCUCAAAUAUAUUCACUCGGCCAACGUACUACAUCGGGAUUUAAAACCUAGUAAUCUCUUACUCAACACUACCUGUGACUUAAAGAUCUGUGAUUUUGGGUUAGCCCGUGUAGCUGAUCCGGACCAUGAUCAUACCGGCUUUCUGACGGAGUACGUAGCUACCAGAUGGUAUAGAGCACCAGAAAUUAUGCUCAAUUCCAAGGGUUAUACAAAAUCCAUUGAUGUAUGGUCGGUUGGUUGUAUCCUAGCAGAGAUGUUAUCAAAUAGACCACUGUUUCCAGGAAAACACUAUUUGGACCAGUUAAAUCACAUUCUCGGGGUUCUGGGUUCACCAAGUCAAGGUGAUCUUAAUUGUAUUAUGAAUGAAAAGGCUAGAGGAUAUAUUCAGUCGUUACCAUACAAACCAAAGAUUCCGUGGCCCAGAUUAUUCCCCAAUGCUGAUCCUAAAGCUCUAGAUCUGCUGGAUAAGAUGUUAAUAUUUAAUCCCCAGAAGAGAAUCACUGUAGAAGAAUCACUAGCACAUCCUUAUUUAGAACAGUACUAUGAUCCGGCUGAUGAGCCUGUUGCUGUUGAGCCAUUUACCUUUGAAAUGGAGUUAGAUGAUUUACCAAAAGAACAAUUGAAAGAAAUGAUAUUCCAGGAAACAAUAACGUUAAAAGACAGAUUAGCUGCCAAAGAAUAGGUCUUUAUAUCGGAAGUGUUAUUUUUGCUAAAAUUUAGAUGAACUGCAGGGCAGUUGAUGUUUGAUAGGUGAAGCUAAAGAGGAACAGAUCAUGACAGUAAUUAGAAGAUCCUGAUAAAAUAAAUAGAAAGCAAGCUAUCAACAUUCUGUUAUAGAAAGUUAUAUCUAAUUAAGAAAAGAUACCUUUUAUUAUAUCAAUUAAUAUUAUUAAUAAUGAAUUUAAAGCCUAGCGAAUAAAGACCAAUUACAAUCUUUCAAACACAGAUCAACUCUUGAACACAAAUCUAUUCCGCUUACGAACUAUCAAUAACAAAUAAUUAUAAACUCCCAUUACGAAUCAACAACAAAUCAACUCGCAUUACGAACUGUCAAAAACAAAUCAACUCCCAUCCCAUUACGAACUGUCAAAAACAAAUCAACUCCAGUUAUGGUUUGUCAAAAAGUAAACUCCAGUUAUGGUUUGUCAAAAAGUAAACUCCAGUUAUGGUUUGUCAAAAAGUAAACUCCUUGUUAGGGAUUUUCAUACACAAAUAAACUCCAGUUAGGGAUUUUCAUACACAAAUAAACUCUAGUUAGGAACUUUCAUACACAAAUAAACUCCAGUUAGGGAUUUUCAUAUGCAAAUAAACUCUAGUUAGGGAUUUUCAUACACAAAUAAACUCUAGUUAUGGACUUUCAUACACAAACUCUAGUUAUGGACUUUCAUACACAAAUAAACUCUAGUUAUGGACUUUCAUACACAAAUAAACUCCAGUUAUGGGAUUUUUAUACACAAAUAAACUCUAGUUAUGGACUUUCAUACACAAAUAAACUCUAGUUAUGGACUUUCAUACACAAAUAAAAACAAAGAAGUUUUGAUGAAAACGAUGCAAUCUGAUUAAAAAUACAAAAACAUGUUUUACUUAGAUUAAACUUGUUUGGUUAUUUUCAAAGAUAAAUCUCCAUUGAUUUAUUUCCUAAGUAAGUUUUGUUUUUACAUUUGAAGAGAAGGGGCAAAAACAUAGCUUCGUGUUUACAUCUAUCGGGCAGCCCAGAAAAAAAUGUACCGGGUGGCCCAGAAAAAACCCAAACUAGUACACUAUUUAAAGUGGAUUAAUUCAGCAUUUUCUGGAUUGCCCAGAAAAAAAAAAACUAGUACACUAUUUAAAAGUGGAAUAAUUCAGUGUUUUCUGCGUUUGAAAGAAUGAACUUGUUGCGUUUAUACGCUAGGCUUGAUAAUUCGUAUAUCUAUUGUUUCAUUUAGUAGUAGAAAGUCGUUACCAGAAUUUGUAUAUGUUGUAUUUUUAUUCAUGUUGGAUAUUUCUAUUGUUUUUUUUUUCUUGUUUACAUAAUUUUUUUCUUUACAAAGAACAUGUUUCUAUUAAAUGAUUUCCUGUCCAUCUAAAUAUGAAUGUCCAUCUUCUACCCAAGUUUUUAUGGCUAUGUAUAUGCUUUAGGUAUAAUUGUAUGGAGUGAUUUUUGAACGAUUUAAUUUGGAUUAAUGUUGCACAGUUCUGUGAGAACUUCUGUGUGUGGCAUUAAGUGAUUGAAGAGUAUAGCACCCUGAAACUUGUAUGUAGAAUUAGAAUUAUUGGUUUAUUAUUAGGAGUAGGUUCGCCGGUCCAACCUCGUGGGUUUUCUCCGGGUCCUCGGGUUUCCUCCCACUGCUAAAGACCCCUACGGGCAAGCGAAUUAUGGAAAUAAAAUGGAAUUAUAUGUUAGUCCCGAAAUGACCUAGUUUGUGUCGAGUGGACGUUAAACCCCAUUUCUCUCUCUCUGGUUUAUUCAUUAAACAGGCAUUAUGUAAGAGCUAAAUCUGCCUAUUGCAGGUCUUUCUUUAGGCCUUAAAUGUUAUCUAAAUUAUUAAUUAGACAUUUAUUAACAUGAAAAGACCAUAAAUAUUGAGGGUUGUACCUAUAUGAUAAAGACAGGACUACCAUUGUUAAAGUGUGACAUGUUAUUAAACCAAUAAUUUUUAUUCUGUGAGAAUUCUGGAGUGUCUACUAGCAUCUAUUUAAUGUCUUUAUAUGCUGUGUCUGCGUCAUAUCAUCCAGAUUUAAAUGAAUAUCACUUUUGAUAUACAUUAUUUUGCGUCACAUUGACCAAUUAAAUUGCUAAUUAAUGUUGUAGAUUACAGAGGAUAUAUUCGGAAAUGUUUUAGCUCGCUAUGAUUCUGACGUAGCUGUAGGAUUUUCUAUGAAUUUAAAGCCAAGGAUAGAUUUGGCUUAAAAGUAAUCAUGCUUUAGGAACUAUGAGGGAUUCCUGCAAGCCUGUUUCUAUUGAAUGGUUUGAGUACCUUAAACACCCACGUAUAAUAUACCACCAUAUAAAGGACACACCCCCUCCCUGAUCACCAGGGGGGGGGGGGGGGUGGAUGGUCUUGUGGUUUAAAGCGUUUGGUGAAAUCACAAGGUCUGUCAUACGUGACAAGGAGUAGGGUCGCCUGUCCAACCAUGUGAGUUUUACUCCCACAGCUAAUUUAUAAAGACGCCUAUGCGCAAGUUAAUUAUUUACAUAAAACUGAACCAUGUGUUAGUCCCGACCUAACUUUUAUCAAGUGGACGUUAAACCCCCUUCUCUCUCUCUCUCUCUCUCUGAUCACAGGGAUUCAGCAUAAAGUGGGUGUUUAUGGUACUAGUUGUGUAUGAGAUAAGUAGAAAGUGAUUAUUUAGUAAAACAAAUUCAGCAUUGCUUUAUUCACAUUGUUAAAGAACCAUUUCAUCUCAUGUGAUUGUUUCUUGUUAUUAUUAUUUCUGUCUUUUUUAAAUCUGAAAAUAUAUAUAUGAUAUUGUUAUAUCUUAUGUCUGACAUAAGGCUUACCUUAAAUAAAAUUAGAUAUUAAUCUUGCUGAUGUACAGACAAAGCAAGAUAUGGUGUUAAAAUUAAUUGUCA